AUGCAAUUCACUGGAGUCGUUUGCGUUCCAGUCAAACUUAAUAGCAAAGUCGUCUGGCAAACAGUAGAGGUUCUGGUGCUUGGAAGCCUUGACCAACACAGAGGCAGACCAUUGGUUAAAGUUGUCGAUCUGGCUCUUGGAGCUACCAUCCCACAACACCUUGUUUUCGUCUUCAGUUCCAGAAAGCAGAAGCGACUUCAACUCGUCUUGGAAUUUGGCGAACAAUUGAGCGGCAUCUUGGGUAGCAAAGUUGAUGGUCACCUUGAACAAGUCAUCCUUGACCCAAGCAACGUCCGAUACGGUGAACGAAGCCUUAGGGACGGAUCCAGUGAAUGCACUCAAGACAACCUGCUUGGCGUCUGCGAUGUUCUUGAGAACUCUCUUGAGGAUAGAGCCCUCGGCUUCGGCCAUAGCUCCAGCAGAAGCUACGCCAGCGUCGAUCUCACCGCCAAGUCCAGCGGCAGCUUGAGCCAAGCUACGCUUGAGGAUUGA